UGCACAUUCGGUCGAGCAGAGAAACGAGAGGAAUACGGCAAGGGAGCAAGAGGGAGUCAAAGGGAGAGAAUACGGUCAAACACACAAUAGCAUCAUGGCACCCAUAGGACUCAAGGCGGUGGUCGGUGAAAAGAUUAUGAAUGAUGUCAUCAAGAAGGUGAAGAAGAAGGGAGAAUGGAAGGCGCUGAUUGUGGACCAGCUGAGCAUGAGGAUGUUGUCCUCUUGCUGCAAGAUGACAGACAUCAUGUCAGAGGGCAUCACCAUUGUGGAGGAUAUAAACAAGCGACGAGAGCCUCUUCCCACCCUGGAGGCCAUUUACCUGAUUACCCCCACUGACAAGUCUGUGCAGACCCUAAUUGGAGACUUCAAAGACCCCCAUUCAGCCAAAUACAAAGCAGCCCACGUCUUCUUCACUGACUCCUGCCCAGACCCACUUUUCAACGAGGUAGUGAAGAGCCGUGCCUCCAAAUCCAUCAAGACCCUGACGGAGAUCAACAUCGCCUUCCUGCCCUACGAAUCGCAGGUAUACUCUCUGGACAACCCGGAUGCCUUCCAGAGUUUCUACAGCCCCCAUAAGACCCCACUGAAGAACCCAGUGAUGGAGAGGCUGGCAGACCAGCUGGCCACCCUGUGCGCCACCCUGAAGGAGUACCCUGCUGUCAGAUACCGAGGGGAGUACAAAGACAAUGCCACCCUGGCCCAGCUGUUGCAGGACAAACUGGACGCCUACAAGGCAGAUGACCCCACCAUGGGGGAGGGUCCCGAUAAGGCUCGUUCUCAGCUGAUCAUCCUGGACAGGGCUUUUGACCCCGUCUCCCCCGUACUGCAUGAGCUCACCUUCCAGGCCAUGGGCUACGACCUGCUGCCCAUUGAAAACGACGUCUACAGAUAUGAUUCCCCUGGGAUGGGAGACACUUCUCAGAAGGAGGUCCUGCUGCACGAGGACGAUGACCUGUGGGUGGGGCUCAGACACAAACAUAUAGCUGAGGUGUCCACGGAGGUGACACGCCAACUGAAGGACUUCUCUGCUAGCAAGAGGAUGAACACUGCUGGAGAGAAGACCACCAUGAGGGACCUCUCUCAGAUGCUGAAGAAGAUGCCCCAGUACCAGAAGGAGCUGAGCAAGUACUCCACUCACCUGCAGCUGGCUGAGGACUGCAUGAAGCACUACCAGGGCACAGUGGACAAGUUGUGUCGGGUGGAGCAGGACUUGGCCAUGGGUACAGACGCUGAAGGGGAGAAGAUCAAGGACCCCAUGAGGGCCAUCGUGCCCAUCCUGCUGGACGCCAAUGUUACAACCCACGACAAGAUCCGCAUCAUCCUUCUCUACAUCUUCCUCAAGAAUGGCAUCACAGAGGAGAACCUGAACAAGCUCAUCCAGCAUGCCCAGAUCCCUCCCGAGGACAGUGAGAUCAUCACCAACAUGGCCCACCUGGGUGUGCCCAUCAUCACAGACUCCACCCUCCGCAGGGGGAAGAAGCUGGACAGGAAGGAACGUGUGAGUGAGCAGACCUAUCAGCUGUCACGCUGGACACCACUGGUCAAGGACAUCAUGGAGGAUGUGAUUGAAGAUAAGCUGGACACCAAGCACUACCCUUACAUAUCUACCCGCUCCUCUGCCUCCUUCAGCAGCACUGCAGUCAGUGCCCGGUAUGGCCAAUGGCACAAGAAUAAGACCCCAGGCGAGUACCGCACCGGGCCGCGCGUCAUGGUCUUCAUCAUCGGAGGCGCGUCCUUCAGCGAGAUGCGCUCUGCCUACGAGGUCACGCAGGCCAACGGGAAGUGGGAGGCCAUCAUUGGAUCGACCCACGUCUUCACCCCCACCGCCCUCCUGGAACAGCUCAAGACCAUGAACAAACCAGACGAGGAACCGGCAAGCUAAAAAUGGCCCAGCCCCAUCCAUCUCCUUCCAGUCUUCUCACCUUAACCUCCCCCCCCCAGUCACCUUCCCCAGAUCCUACGUUCAUUCUGUAUGCAUCGAUGCUCGAGGGGAAAAAAAGAUGACUACAAACAGAAACAAUGACAGCGUUAAUUAACAAGAUAAAUAUUUAAACAGAUCUAUAUCAACUAAGGCCAUUUGAAACUGAAAGUACCAAAUGUAAUAUCGUAUGCUAUGAAACCUGCUAGAAAGUGUAAACGGUAGAGGUUUUCUCUGUUUGUUCCCUUCAGUUUAUCUUCUUGGUGUGAUUUUUAUUGGUAGUGGGUGGAGGAGGGAUGCCUAGGAAAGUCAAUGCAGUAAAAUCACAUCACUCAACAUGCAACAUAACUCAUCCCUGUCCUAUCAGGGGGGAGAAUCCUAGCUGGUCGAGAUGUUUGUAUCAGUAGCAUGCCUGAACUUUGUCCGUACUGUUAAUGCACAUCCUCCAGUGUGGCAAUACCGUAACCAAAAGCAACUCGAGAAAUCAUUCAACCACAGGAAGACAGUCACAAACAGCUAGACUGACCCUAGGUCUGAGGAUAGAGAAAAACGGCACUCUGUAAAUAGCUACAGAAUGCUAGAAGCAUCCCUCCUCCAGCCCUAAGACUGUAUUUACUCACCACAUCCUUUUCCUUUUUCUCCGGAGAGAUUUCACGUUUUAGUGUCAAAAAGGCCAUUGCUUGCAGAUGUUUACAGAAUAAUCCAGGGCCGCUUGUAUUUCAGUAUUGUAUCCUGUCACAUUAUACACUGAGUGUAUAAAACAUUAGGGACGCCUUGCUAAUUUUCAGUUGCACCCCUUUUGCCCUCAGAACAGCCUCAAUUCGUUGGCGCAGGGCUCUACAAGGUGUCAACAGUGUUCCACAGGGAUGCUGGUCCAUGUUGACUCCAAUGCUUCCACAGUUGUGCCAAGUUGGCUGGAUGCUCUUGGACCAUUGUUGAUACACGCAGGAAACAGUUGAGCUGAAAAAAAUCCCUGCAGCGUUGCAGUUCUUGACACUCAGGUGUACCUGGCACCUACUACCAUACCCGGUUCAAAAGCACUUAAAUCUUUUGUCUUGCCCAUUCACCCUCUGAAUGGCACACAUACACAAUCCAUGUCUCAAGCAUUAAAAAUCCAUCUUUAACCCGUCUCCUCCCCUUCAUCUACACUGAUCUGAAGUGGAUUUAACAGGUGACAUCAAUAAGGGAUCAUAGCUUUCACCUGGAUUCACCGGUCAUGGAAAAGUGCAGGCGUUCCUAAUGUUUUGUACACUCAGUGUAAGUCAUCAUUGGUUAGUAUCAAAAUGUUUAACCGGGCCAUGCACUGAGUAGUGUGUUGUGUAUAUGCCAUACGUUGGUGUCUUUAGUGUCUCACUGUUAGACUGUUGAUGUUUCUGACAGCGAAGUAGUAAAAGAUUUCCUUUAAAACAAUACGAAUGUGAAGCCACAUGUGUCUGUGAUGUUUUAUCUGUAGCUGUAGUGGUGAACUGGGAAAAUAACUAAUAUCUAUAUUUUGUUUGUCUGUCCGUUAGCUUUUCUCUGCUGGUGCAAUGUCAACUCUUCCAACGGCGAAUGGCUUUGCAAAGAAAAUGUAACACCAUUUCAGCGGUUUAUAUCUAUUUUUUUAUUUCUCUUUCCUGGCCAAACAGGUUGUAUAUUGCACGAUGGGUUUACCGUGAUGAAAACGCUUCAUUGAAUUUGAAUUGUUUCCUAUUAACAGUCGCUGUUGUAUAGGGUCUCUGUCUAUUCAAUUCAUGUAUAUCAAAGUUAUUUAUCAAGAGAGAAAAAAAAUCUCAAUUAAAAAAAUGUAAGUCUGUCCUAAACCUGUUUAACUCAUUGGGAUUCUAUGUUUGCGAGUGUUGAAGCACAAACAAAACUAUACUUCAUUGUGUACCAAUGUUGUCUAAUAAAUUGGCUUCCAUUA